AUGGAAUCCCCAUUGGAAAACAGAGAAUUAUCCUCGAACGUAAAAAUUUAUGCACAAAUUAAUCGUUUCAUAAUGUUUUAUGUGAAUUUGCGGACAACCUCAGAAUGGCUUUACAUCUAUCCAGAGGGAUUGGAGGCUAUGCUAAUUGACAUAAUGAUAAAAUACAAUAAUCCCGUAAUUUAUGUCGCAGAGAAUGGAAUUUCAGAUGACGCCAAGCUGCCCAAGGCGGAAUCUCUCCAAGAUCUGAGAAAAGAAGCCUUGAGUGAUCAUCAUAAGAAAAAUUUAUAUAUUCUGAGAUUUCCCAUAAGCCGAUUGGGAGCGAAUGUGAAGGGAUUCUUCAUGUCGUCAUUGCUAGACAACUUCGAGUGGGAUUGUGGCUACACUGUUCGUUUUGGUAUCAAUUACGUAGAUUUCAAUGAUGGCUUGAAGAGAGAACCAAAACUGUCUGCGAAUUGGUUUAAGAACUUCCUCGAAGGAGACUGA